ACAACUUUAAACACUUUCGAUCUGACUUUGAAGCAAAAUUUUCAGAGCUCUAAAUUCAAAAUUAAACAAAAAAUAAAAAUACUUUGGAGAAAUGAUCAAGGUUGUGGAGGACAUUUUUGGUAUCGCGAACAAUCCGAUCACGAAGCAGGCCCAGGUAGUCCGUAGGUACACGAUUACUAACGCCAACCGGCUCUCGGUGGCCAUCAUCCAACUGGGAGCCACCGUUCAGAGUAUCCAGACGCCGGAUGCCUACCAUCACUUGGAGGACGUGGUCCUCGGAUUCGACGACAUUGCUGGCUACAUUAAGAACCGGAAGUACAAGUUCGGCUGCACACUGGGAAGGGUCACGGAUGUCGUGGACAAGGGAGAGUUUAUUAUGGAAGAGCGACGGGUCAUCGUCUCGAAGAACCUGAACCAGAAGCACCAUGUCGACGGGGGCUACGUGGGCUUCGACCAGAUCAUUUGGGAUCUGCACAUGAUACGACCGGAUGGCGUUACUCUGCGACACAUAUCGAAGAACGGACACGAGGGGUAUCCCGGCAACCUGCUUGUACUAAUCCAUUUCACCAUCGAUGAUGACAAUCGGUUUUUCAUCCGGAUCGAGGGCACCACCGAUCAGACCACAGCAGUGAACAUAUCCAACCACAUUUACUUCAAUCUUGCUGGUCAGAAAACUGGGAUAAGGGGUGUCUUCGACCACCGUGUGACAAUUGAGGCGGCGGAAACAAUGGAAUCUGUGGGAGACAAUGGUCUGCCCACGGGGGAUUUCAAGGCCGUAGAUGAUACCGUGUACGAUAUCCGACUGCCGGUGUUUUUGGGCGAUCGAGUACGUCAGUUUGAGAAGCAAAAGGUGACCGGCUUCGAUGUGCACUAUGCCCUCGACAAGGAGUUCGAUUCCAAUAUUACCCGCUACAUAGCUCGGUUCCUGCAUUCGGAAUCCGGCAGAUUCAUAGAGCUUUACAGCAACCAGCCGUGCAUGAAGUUUUCCACUGCCAACAAUUUCCCGCAGGAACCUCUUGGCGAGGAACCGAUCUUAGGGAAGGGAUGCACUCGAUACUGGCAGCAUUAUGGUUUCAGUCUGCAACUGCAAAACUAUCCGGAUGCUGUAAAUCAGCCAGAGUUUCCACGGAUAUUUAUCAAUCCCGGAGAGCACUAUUUCCACGAAACCGUUUAUCAAUUCGGGGUGCAGGAAUCCUGGAAAUGCUGCGCCGAUCCCAACGAGCUAAACGAACUUUGUGAGGAGUCGGAAACAGAGCCGAAACAAGAUAUAGAGCCAGAGCCACAAUGAGUUGUUAGUGCAAGCGCAUAGAAGAGCUUCGCUUAAUGCCGAGCGGAAUUUUGGAUUUUGUCUUUGGAUUUUGUCUAAUAAAAUAUUAAUUUGUCUA